AUACUACAUUUUGCUUGGUAUCCUGGGGCAUCAUCCAGCAAUGCUCCAACUUACUGUUUCAUUGCUUCUGUGCGUGACUGUCCAGUGAAGCUUCUGGAUGCUUCAGAUGGAAGGCUGAGGGCCUCAUACCCAAUUAUCAAUCAUUGUGAGAGGUUCAUUGCUCCUCAUAGUCUCGCAUUCAACUUAACAGCUAAUAAGCUAUACUGCGGUUUUGAAGAUGCCAUUGAGAUAUUUGACAUACAGCAACCUGGGGAGGGCGAUCGGCUCCCGACCACACCUUCCAAGAAGAGCAAGGAUGGCCUCAAAGGCAAGAUAUUAAAUUUCCUAGAUCGUAUGAAUGUUGAUCCAAUUUCAGGCAUUGUAUCCAGCAUAGCUUUCUCCUCUUAUGACUACUACACGAUCGGCAGCCCAACACCUUCCUCACAAGCAAUGGACAAUAUUGUGCUGUAUUCGGAGUCAAAUCAAGCAGCCAUCAUGCCUAUAGGAGGCGCAUAUUCUCAUUCCAGACUGAAGUUUAACCCGACAAAACCGCAUAUUUUGUAUGCUGCAUUUCGUCGACAUGAUGCUAUAUAUGCAUGGUACCUUCGCAGUGAUACAUCUGUACCUGUGAAGGUUUUCAGGAUGUCCCCUGAUUCUCGCAAAACCUUAACCAAUCAAAAAAUCAAAUUUGACAUAGAUUGCGCUGGAAGA